UCGUCAAAAAAAAAAAAAAAAACUGGUCAUUAUCACUUUGUAUUGUUGUAUAGAUGCUUUCUAGUGCCACUGAAAAACAACUUUUUUAGAAAAUAUAUUAUUAUCGUCUAUUGUUAGUGUCAUUUCACUAUGAUGGAAUAGAAGAAGACGAAAUUUAAUAGUGUAGCCGGAUGUCCAUGCUUCGGGACAGAUACACCAAUAAAAGUUUAAUAUCUUUUUUAAGUCGCGAAUGAUUUAACACCGUUAUAUAGUAUAAUAAUUCAUGCUUUUGAGCUUCUUUUAUCUUAGGUUUCCGUAAAUAAUGUAUACGCAACAAUCUUAUUAAGUUUUUUUUCUUUUGCACCCUUUUUUUUUUUCGGAAUGACAUAAUGAUUGUGCUAAAAAAACAGUUUUAAAGGAUUUAUUUUUUCAACAAAUUAAUUUUUUUAAAAAUAAUUUUAAUGUAUAGUGUGUUUUUUGACUAAAAAUUCUUAAAUUCCUUUCUAAUUGAUAAAUUCAAAGUCUAAGUAGUCGUCUUUCACAAAGUAGCAAGUGUCAAAACGGUCAUGUCUUUUCAAGAAGGUUUAGGGAAUUCAGAAAACACAACAGCGUCACCGACUGAGCCGAACUCGUUUAAUGUUGCUUCCCAAAAUAACAAUUGCCAGCAACUCUUACCUCCAUCGUUAGGCUUCAUUGAAUCGCUUAUUUUUGCUACAAAGUUUUAUAAAGGCGAAAAUGAAAGCAGUUGCUGUGAGUGUGAGGGGGGCGGUGAACUUAUAUGCUGCGAUACCUGUGUGAAGGCAUUUCAUUUUCUUUGCCUGCCUGUGGAGUAUCGGCCUACAGAAUUUCAAGAGUCCACAGUUUCAGUUCAAUGGUCUUGCCCCAUCUGCGUCUAUUACUGUAAAAAUGAUAAUUUAGAAAAGAGAAGAGGAAUCGUUACUGCGCUACGUCAUCCGCUACCUGUCCCAUCUAAAGAAUGCCCGCUUGAUAUUUCACGGUUGCAACAAUGUUCUUCAUUAGACCUUUCAUUGCAAGGUAACUCUGGGUUCGCUUUUGUGAAAACCCCCAGUAGAACAAAUCGGUUGACUCAAAAAACGUCGUUGAGUGACUCUCAUUAUCAUUAUUUAUUUGAGGAUAUAAAAAAAGAAAACAAGUCCAAUCCUGUCUCACGGUCUCAAGACCCUGUUGUUACACGCAUUACAAGACGAACAGCAGCUGCUGCUCUUGGUAAGAAGACAAAUGCAGUAACAUUUCCAGAUCGUAGUACAAGUUUAAUACGUGCACGAAUGAACGUUGGCCCAGGAUACCAAGUUCCCAAUAUCCCUAUUUUUUUUUUAGAACUUCAAUCAUGUGCGCAAAAAGAAAUAACCAUGAUGCUUUUCGUACUUUUUUUUUUAGUAAAUCGGGAUUAUAGUCGCCUAAGAAAAAACUUCUUUUCAAGACCUUUUUCUUCCACACGUGUCGUUUACUCAAGCUCUCAAUGGAUUAGUAAAGCUAGUGAAUUAGCUUUGUCAACACCGUUUUCUGAUUUUGAUUAUCCUACAACGGAACAUUCUUCACAUUCUAUAAACAAUCAUGCUUCUUCAACCAAAAAUACUGGAGCCUUCAAACGUCUUCCUUUACAAACAAGCUCCUCUUUAGAAAAACAGGAAACUUUAAAAAAACCUUGUAUCGAUACACAAGAGCAAAUUUCAAAUCACUGUAUAAGUCUUCCAGAACAAAUCAUUGGAAAUUCCACUUUAAUGAAUCAUGAGUUCAGUAAUCAUGUUCUAGAGGGGAACAAGAAGGAAACCUAUACACAUCAGGAAGAUAUAAACAAGAAUAUUUUAUUAAAAUUGAAACCGCCUUUUCGCCAAGAAGAUGAACCCAAUGAAAAUAGUUCUUUAGGAAAUCAUGUGGUUAAUCACAAUGAAACAAAUAAAUUUAUUCGUGGUUUAAGUGAAGAAGUUUUUGAAGCUGAACGUCGACUGGAUGAAUUCAUUUUAAAAAGAGAUCGUCAAAAUUUUAUAGAUACUCAAGAAAAACUAGUGGAGUUUUGUCAUACACUUAGCGCUAAAUGGCCCCCUUGUUUUCAUUGGCCGUAUUCUUCUGAAUAUGCUUACAAAAUAUUGUUUUACACCAACUUUGAUACAAAAGAAGCUUUGGAUUCUUUUCAAGACUCCUCCUUCAAUUUUCAGUCUGUAUGUGAUCCUCCAAUCCGCCCUUAUUUCAAUAAAUGGAAACCUAAAGAUAAACGUAGCUUUUUCCCAUCAACUCCUUUCCCACCACCUCAACACUUGAGCAUUUUAAAUACUAGCCAUUUAACACGUUCUAAGAUCUAAAGUUUCUGUAAGGCUUAAAGCUACCGAUGUACAAUAACUGCCAAUACCAAAACAUGGUUGUUAUUUUUUUUUUGAUAUUCUAUCUCAUUUGACAAAAAACUUACUCAGAGGAAAUUGGUGUAUGAUUAAAAAUACUUUGCAACCUUUAAAACCAAAUUUAUAUUAAGCAUUUUCGUUUUUUUUUUUUACCAUGCAA